CAAUCCCCUCAAUCCAUAAAAACAUCAACAAUGAAUCGUGUAAUUUUAACAUAGUUUAAUAGUUCGAUCUUUUACUUCAUAUUAAUUACCACAUUUAAAAAUUGAAAAUGCAUUGGGAGAAGUUCGUUCAAGUGAUUGACCGUAACCUUCGCUCUACAAACUCAAAUAAAAAAAUGUACAAGUCGAAGACGGAACGUGAAAUUAUGUCCGUUAUUUCGAACAAUCACAAUAUCGCUGAUUUGAUUUCCUUAUGGCUAGACGACCAGCGCAAACAAAAAUCAUCAAAAUCCUCGAAACAUGCCAAAGAUUCAAAAAACGUUGGAAAUAAUUUUUUCAAGAAGGGAGACUACCCCAAAAGUUUUUCAGCGUACACAGAGAGUGCGAAAUUUUCCUCAAUGAAUGGGGACGAUUUUUCAGUGGCGAUAGCCAACAGAUCUGCAUGUUUAUUUCACAUGUGCAGGUACGAAGAGUGCCUCAGGGAUAUUGAAGUGGCCAUUGAAACAGGAUAUCCAAAAAAACUUAUGCAUAAAGUUCAUUUGAGAGCAGCCCAUUGUCAUAUUAAACUGAGAGAUUCGAAAGCUGCAGAGGCAGAAAUUACUAGAGCUAACGAUGUCAUUUGUUCUGAUCAAAAUCUCUCUACAACUGUGAAGGUAAUAGGAAUUAAUGCAAACUACCCGUCAGCGUCUACAUCAGUAACUCGAGAUUAUUCUCCAACUCGAGGAAGAUUCGUAAUUGCAACGAAACCAAUAAAAAAGGGGGAGAUACUGUUCGUGGAGAAACCCUUCGCCUUUGUCCCCCUGGACCACGAACAUUCGAAUUUAGUAUGUGGAAAUUGCUGUUCAGGGCUCUUUGGGGCUUUUUAUCCAUGCAGGGGCUGUGUAGAGGUUUCGUACUGCUCUCCGAGGUGUUUUAGAGAGUCCUGGGGGUUAUACCAUCGGUGGGAAUGUCCUGGGUAUGAAAGUGGAAUCUGGAGACAGAUAGGAAUUGCACAUUUAGCGAUUAAACUUCUAUUGGUCUUGGCCACUACCGAAGAUAUUGAGAAAUUUAAUCAAGUACAAAAACUGGUGACGAAUAUUGACAAAUUGUCGGAUGAUGAUUUGAUGAUUUAUAGUAUUACCGCUCUCAUGCUUUCCCAAUAUCUACAAGAGCACACAAACUUUAUGGAUCAAAUAGAUCUCAAAAAAGCAAUAAUAGAUAAAUUAGCAAUCGACGAAAAUGCAAUGGUUUUCGAAAUUUCCACUUUGUACGAGAAAAAAAUUUUUCUCGCCAAUUUCCUAUUGCGUCAUAUGCUCCAGCUAAUUGCUAAUGGCCAUGCAAUCACGCGACUAAAUUUAAUGAAUACACCAAAAGGCAAUAUCGUUGAUGAACAACAACAGAGAGUGGCUGUUGGGAUUUAUCCAUCCGUCAGUAUGAUGAAUCAUUCCUGCGAUCCAACAAUCAUGAACACUUUUUGGAAUGAUUAUUUAAUCGUCAAAGCGAUAAAAGAUGUCGGGAUUGGGGAUGAAAUCUUCAAUUGCUAUGGACCGCAUUUCCGUCGUAUGUCAGUGGAAGAACGUCAAAAGGCCCUAAAAAGUCAGUACUGCUUUGAAUGCAAGUGUCUGUCAUGCACAGAUAUCGAUCUGCGAUGUUUUUUGGAUCGUUUUACUGCACUUAAAUGUCCCUCAUGCUCAGGACCCCUGAUCCUCGUGAACAAAGCUUUCUCCUGCCUGGAGUGUCACAAUUCAACGAAGAUUGAUAUGGUUGCACGAGCGAAGGAUUUAAAGAGAGCACAAGAUCUCUUUGUCACUUCCCAAAACCUCCUGGAUGUUGGCAAAUUCGAGGAUUCAAAACAAAAACUCUUGGAAUGUCUAAACAUCCGGAAAAAUCUGCUAUUCAAAGACCAUGAGGAUGUGUCCAUAGUACUUGACUCACUGGGAAAGAUAUCGGUGAUAAUGGGUCAAUGGUUGGAAGCGAUAUCUUACCUCGAGGAGAGCAUUGUUACUAUUGAGGAGAAAUUCGGCAAAGAUAGCAUCGAAGUCGCUAAUGAAUUGAAUAAAAUUACUGACGUAUGCCUUCAGUAUCUCCAGAAAGAGAUGAAUAGGAGGUCGCAGAUAUACAAAGAUACACUGAGGAAGACACAGAGGUUUCUAGAUCGCGCUGAGGAGAUAACGAAUCUCAUUAGCGGACCUUGGGACAGCGUUUGCAGGGAAUUGCAAGAGAAGAAGGAGGAGCUGGAGGGGAUGUUCGAGUGUCUUCAUAUUUAAGUUGAAAGGGAAAAUUUAUAAACAAUUGAGAUUUGUUGGAGCCCCUCCGUCUGCGAGAGAAAUUGUAUGAUGUGUCGAUAGUUAUGAAAUUAUUCGUAGUGAUGAAAUCAUUGAUGCUUUGUUAUAAUUUUUAAAAGCGACAACUAACUUUAGUAAGAUUGUGAUUUACGGAAGAACUAUCGAUAUCUAAAAAUAUCUCUUAAUCUUAAUUAAUGAGAAUUAAUUAAAUUAGCCUACUUUGCAUUGAUUGAACACCCAAUUAAUAUUUAUAUGUAUAUCUUUAUAAUUCGCGUUCAUCAUAAAAGUACAAUAAUAGCAUUAUAUCAAAUCACAAGAAGAAAUUCAUUGCUCACACAACUGGUGCAUUCAUCAGAUACAAUUAAUAAACCUUCGCACCCAAAAGCGACACUCGCCCCUCUGUCAUCACAAAUACUCAUAUUGUUUCACAUCUCGUUAGAUUUUGUUUUUUAUAAUAAUUUUUUUUGUUCGUUAAUUCUGGCCCGUUUAAUUACAAAUUUAUCUAUAAGUCC